CGACCACCACUGUCAAUUUCUUUAUUUAUAAAUCCAAAAAUUCCAAUUCAUUUAUGAACAUUUAUUACUAUUGGGGAAUGAGACAAAGUACAAAUUGAAAUUCUACUAGAAAAUUCAUGGUAAUUAAUAAUUUUACUAUUUAUCCCACAAGGAUUCCAAUAUGAGCGAUAAUAAUGAUGAAUAUUAUGGUGACGGAGCAAUGGAGCCUCUGGCUGCUGCUCCUGAAGUGACCUACAACUGGGUCGAUGUAACAUCUGAUUUCUUUAAAUACAUAAAAGAUCUGCAGUUAGGAGAGUUACUUCAUGAUGGCCUCCUUUUUGGACUCUUUGAAGCAAUGUCAGCAAUAGAGAUGAUGGACCCGAAAAUGGAUGCAGGAAUGAUGUGUAAUCGUGGUACUCCGAAACCAUUAAAUUUCCAUCAAGCUGUUGCAGCCGACAAGUUGAAGAUUGAUAACAUAGAACCUAAUGAACUGAUUGGAAUCAUAGAUGCAACAAUGGCAUGUAUUGUUUCCUGGUUGGAAGGACAUUCUCUUGCUCAGACCGUUUUUACUAAUCUGUACCUACAUCAGCCACAUUCAAUAAACAACAAAAUUUUGAAGGCAUUCUGUAUAGCAGUUUACAAACUGUUGGAUUGCAUAAGAGAUUGUAUUAACCAAGCUCAAGUAUUUGAAGAAGAAGAUUUUCAGCCAAUGGGAUAUGGGUAUUAUUUAGGCUCUAAUCCACAGUCAGGUCAUACUUACGACGCUAGUCUGGAAGUUACUGAGGCCAAAUGUAUUUCAUUACUCAGAGAGCAGGAAGAAGAACUAAACAAAAAAACUAAGAAUACUGAAGCUGAGGCAAAUAUCCUUUGGACAGCACUAGCAGCCAGAAUAAGAUUCACUAGAAUGUUCUACCAAGCUCUUCUACUGAUAACAAAGCGAGAUUCGAAGUCGGGAGCCGACUGCGUGGCCCUGUUGAAUGGUUGUUCGGAAAUGAUGAAAGUCAUCAUUAAAACUUCAGGCAAAGGAACACAGCCUGUGGAGAACUCCGAUUCGCCGAACCCAAUGGGAUUUGAGCCAAUGAUAAACCAGCGUCUCCUCCCUCCGACGUUUCCGCGGUACACCCGCAUCAAACCAAGAAUAGAAGCUCUUCAGUAUUUCGACGAGCUCGUUUCGAGACUCCGUCACGCUUGGAAGAUCACCUCCUGCACUAACUUCCACACGGCAGUGGAUUUCUUCAUGGAAUUCAGCCGUCAGCGCGCUUGUAUUUUAUCGAGAUCUGCACUACAGCUACUGUAUCUGAGUCCGUCUCCGGCGACGACGGCCGCCACUGCGCAAACCGUUCCCUCGGGAGUUCCUCGGCCCCACCACAUCUUCAUUGAGAUCCUCAGAGAUUCGAUCAAGAAUUUCGUUAAUCCACCGGUUUUAAUUAAUAAACCAAUGAUGCCAGGCACUCCGCAGGCGCGAGAAGUUGUCGAGACUUUUUUGACGAGAUGCGUUCGUCCGUUCGCCGUGUUGCUGCAAGUGUGCGGACACAACCGCGCCAGGCAACGGGAUAAGCUGGUGCUCUUGCUCGAUGAAUUCGCUACUUUGCAAGAAGAGGCGGAGAGCGUGGACGCGAUAACGAGUGGCAGCAUGGGUACUGGAGAUUGUCCGUGCUUCAGUACUUGGGUUCUGUACCACGUGCUGCGUGUAAUGAUCGCGUAUCUACUCUCCGGCUUAGAACUGGAGCUGUACUCUGUACAUGAAUAUCAUUAUAUUUUCUGGUAUCUGUACGAGUUUCUGUACGGCUGGCUGGUGUCGGCCCUGGGACGAGCUGAAGGGCUGGCCAACGAGACCACCAAAAGAAUAGAAGGGAAACGUGCCGGUGUACGGAAACAGAAGAAACGCACGCGCCCUUACGCGAGGGAGGGUCUCAUGUGUCAAGUCAUGCAGAACAUGUGCGGGGGAUAUUAUAAGGCGUUAGUCGCUUUCAAGCUGCAAGGGAAGAUCCGUCAGCCGCAGUCCGAGUUCGACAACGAAGCGGUCCGGUACAAGCACCGGUUCGCGCCGCUCUCCGGCCUGAGUCCGCCCCAAGUCCACUACCACGAGUUCUGCGAGAUGACGCAGCCGCUGCAGUGAGUUUUGAGUUUUAAGACACGAGUCGAU